AUGCUCAUCGGACAGGUGACCCGUUACAUCGCCGGCCGCUCCGCCGUGCAGACCGUGUACUGGCGCACGGGCAAGAACGGUAGCCAGAAGUUGGUGAAGACCGGCCGCAUCCUGAACUUCGGCAGCCCCAAGCCUCAGCAGGCCGAGGCCGCGUCGCGCGACAGCCUGGACGCGCUCAUGAAAUUGCUGCAUGAACAAGACUCCACACCGACUCCUAAGUAUACAAUAUGAAGAAAUUUGGAUUUAUGAACAUCUAAUAAACGGUCAUUUUCGGCUGAACA